UCUCACUCAUAUGCACAGACAGCCCAGUGCCAUCCGCCCACUUUCACGAACUUGUUUUGCACCAAGAAGUUGUUUGUCUCCGCGGCGCAACAGGUUGACCUGGACCAUCCUAGACGAGGCUCAAGUAUGACCAGGCAUGUGGCAAUAAUUGGAGCAGGCAGCUCAGGCCUGGCCUGCAUUAAGACCUGCCUGGAUGAGGGGCUGGAGCCUGUCUGCUUUGAAAGUAGUGAUGACAUUGGUGGCCUGUGGAGGUUUAAGGAGAAUCCAGAGCCGGACAGGGCGAGCAUCUACCACUCUGUCAUCAUCAACACCUCCAAGGAGAUGAUGUGUUUCAGUGAUUUCCCCAUCCCUGGACACUUCCCCAACUACAUGCACAACUCCCUCAUCAUGGAGUACUUUCGAAUGUAUGCCGAUCACUUCCAGCUCACCCGGCACAUACGCUUCAAUACCAAAGUCUUGCAGGUGAAGCAGCGAUCUGAUUUCUCUCACUCAGGCCAGUGGGAUGUUGAGACAGAGAACAAGGACGGCAAGAAGGAGAGACACAUUUUUGAUGCUGUGAUGAUCUGUAUCGGACACCACUGUCAUCCCAACAUGCCUCUUCAGGACUUUCCAGGCAUCCACUCUUUCAAGGGAAAGUACUUCCACAGCCGGGAUUACAAGACUCCUGAGGAGUGGAGGGAUAAAAAGGUUGUAGUGAUUGGAAUAGGAAAUUCUGGAGGAGACAUUGCUGUGGAACUGAGCAGAGUCACCAAGCAGCUUUACCUGAGCACUCGUAGAGGAGCUUGGGUUCUAAACAGAGUUUCACACAAUGGCAUUCCUCUGGAUUUGACUUUCAGCAGGGCCGUCAAUUUUGUGCUGAACGCCAUUCCCUUUGGUUUGUACUGUAGCCUGGGAGAGAGACAGCUCAACCAAAGAUUCAACCACAGUCUGUACAAUCUGAAGCCAAAGCACAGGUUGUUCAGCCAACAUCCCACACUGAAUGAUGAGCUGCCUAACCGCAUCCUAUCAGGAACAGUUCAGGUGAAACCCAACAUCCGCAAAUUUGAGGGAUCCAGCGUGGAGUUUGAGGAUGGAAGUGUAGUGGAAGAUGUUGACUUAGUGGUCUUUGCCACAGGUUACAGAUUUUCCUUUCCAUUCCUUGCGUCACAUGUGAUCUCAGUGUCUGGGAACCAAGCACCGCUGUUCAAGUAUGUGUUCCCUCCUGAAUUGGAUCGACCCACACUGGCUGUCAUUGGGCUAGUGCAGCCCUUGGGAGCCAUUAUGCCUAUCUCUGAGAUGCAGGCCAGAUGGGCCACACGUGUCUUUAAAGGCUGUAACAAGCUUCCCUCAGUGGCUGCCAUGCUGAAGGAUGUUCAGUGCAAGCAGGACACCAUGGCUGCAAGGUAUGUUACCAGCCAGAGGCACACCAUCCAGGUUGACUAUAUCAGCUACAUGGAUGAAAUAGCAGAGCUGGUGGGAGUUAAGCCUAGCGUCCCCAGGCUGCUUCUGAUGGAUCCCAGGCUUGGGCUGAGUGUGAUGCUGGGUCCCUGCACCCCAUACCAGUAUCGUCUCAGAGGGCCAGGAAAGUGGGCUGGGGCCCGUCAGGCCAUCCUCACUCAGUGGGAGCGAGUGACCCAACCCAUGCAGACCAGACCAUGUGAUCAGCCCCAGUGCAAGUGCUCCUUUGUGUUGCCUCUCAUUCUGUCAGCUGCCUCUGUGGGCCUGGCUGCCUAUUUCAGCAGGAACAGCCUGUCAGCCUUCCUACAGGAGCCCACUGCAGUGCUGGACAAGAUUAAAUCCUACCUGACUGCACAGUAACCAGCAUCUAACCCAUAUCAGUACAGAUUAUGAUUUUAUAAUACAUGGUUUAUUUGCUAGCAUGUGCUUGGGCUUUUAAUAAUUAAUAUACUUAUCAUAAAUAGGCUACAGUUUGAUUAUGAUGCCACCUAAUGGUGGCUUUUGAGAACUGCUGAUGAUAUACUUGAAAAAGGUAAAUAGUGUUAUAAUCUCCUGUCUCACUACAUAGCAAAGAUCAUGUGAUUACUGGUCCAAUUCAUGUUUUAAUGAUUGUGAAGUGUAAAUCAGAUUUUUUUUUUAUUAUCAAAACAAACAAACAAACAAACAAACAAAAUUGGUACAUCAUUAUGACAAAACUCUGUGCUGCUCUCUUUUGACACAAUUGGCCAUAAUUCUAAUGCAUCCACACCCACUAAAUUAGAACUUAUUAAUGCAAAGGAAUUUGGUUUGGCAGUUAUUUCAAAAUAAUUUUGUUUAUUUGUUUAUUUCUUUAAAUAAAAAAGCAUGAA